AUGCCUGAUUUCCAGAGUCAUACUGUUUAUAAGGAAACAUUUCAGAUUGGUGAUGAACUAGAGUGUGUAGCUCCUGACCAGGGGCCUGGCUUGCUUGAGGAGUCCUCAGUGCUGGUGAACUUGGUUCUCCUGAUUUCUGGUUUUCAAACAUUCAAUGUCAAAUCAAGGGCCAAACUGCAUGAAAAGUUUACCAGUCAUUUCCCUCCUCCUGAGUCCCUGGAGAAGUGCACAGAUGGAAGUUUAACCACGUCCAUCGGGGUGUCCAAUUUCAACCACACACAACUUGAGAUGAUCCUGAACAAGCCAGAAUUCAAAUACAAGCUCAUCUCCAACCAGGUGGAAUGUCACCCUUACCUCAACCAGAGGAACCUGCUGGAGUUCUGCAAGUGCAAGGACGUUGUUGUAGUUGCCUACAGUGCCCUGGGGUCCUGUAGAGACCCAAACUGGGUGGAAAGCGAUAGUCCAUACCUCUUGGAGGAGCCAAUCUUGAAUUCCAUUGCCAAGAAACACAAUCAAAACCCAGGCUGGGUCACCGAUUGCUACCAGCAAUUGUGGGGGGAUGGGUUAAUGUUGUCCUAG